AUGAAAUCUCUACUAUUAGGACAUCUUGUGCUCUGCUUCCUACUAAUUGGAGGGUGCGAGGGCAGAAAAGUACCCAACCUCUCCCAGGACAAAUCCGAUUCCGAAUCCUCCUUCGAGUACAAUGCCAUCAGCUGCAGAGCUCACAGCUUUUCGCUCACCGAUUUCGGCGCAGUUGGAGACGGCAAGACAUCAAACACAAAGGCCUUUCAAGCUGCAAUCAACCACCUGAGCCAGUUCUCAGCCCAAGGCGGCGCUCAGCUUUACGUUCCGGCCGGGAAGUACUUAACCGGCAGCUUCAACCUCACCAGCCACUUCACCCUUUACCUCCAUAAAGAAGCUGUCCUCCUCGCUUCUCAAGACCCCCAAGAAUGGCCAGUCCUCAAACCACUCCCUUCUUACGGCAGAGGAAGGGACGCACCAGAAGGACGCUAUGCCAGCCUCUUAUUCGGAACCAACCUCACCGACGUCGUCAUCACCGGAGACAACGGCACCAUCGACGGCCAAGGUGAGUUCUGGUGGAACAAGUUCCAUAGUAAAAAGUUACAGUACACACGCCCCUACCUCAUUGAGGUCAUGUUCUCCUCCAACGUGCAAAUAUCGAAUCUCACUCUUAUAAACUCUCCAUCAUGGAAUGUACAUCCCAUUUACAGCAGCGAUAUACUAGUGCAAGGAUUGACCAUCUUAGCUCCGGUGAGCUCUCCCAACACAGAUGGAGUUAACCCGGAUUCAUGCACAAAUGUUAAGAUAGAGGACUGCUACAUUGUCUCAGGCGACGACUGUGUGGCGGUGAAGAGCGGCUGGGACCAGUACGGCGUGUCGUUUGGUAUGCCAACCAAGCAACUAGUGAUCAGAAGACUUACUUGUGUUUCUCCUUACAGUGCCGCCAUUGCAUUAGGGAGUGAGAUGUCCGGAGGUAUUGAAGAUGUGAGGGCAGAAGACAUCGUGGCCGUUGAGACCGAAUCCGGGGUGAGGAUCAAGACAGCUGUAGGGCGAGGAGGGUAUGUGAGAGAUGUGUACGUGAGGAGAAUGGAAAUGCACACUAUGAAGUGGGCGUUUAAAAUGAGUGGGGAUUAUGGGUCACAUGCUGAUGAGGGUUAUGACAAGAAUGCGUUUCCUGAGAUCAAAGGGAUUUAUUAUAGGGAUGUGGUGGCUGAUAAUGUGACGAUGGCUGCGAGGCUGGAGGGCAUUGAAGGGCAUCCGUUUACGGGGAUUUGCAUGUCGAAUGUGACAGUUGUAUUGGCUGCUAAGGCGAAGAAGCAGCCGUGGAGCUGUUCUGAUGUUAAGGGGGUCGCUAGUGGCGUGACGCCGAUGCCGUGUGAUUUGCUACAGGGUGAUGUUGUUAAUGGGGGGUGUGAUUUUCCUGUGGAUGUGGUACCAAUUGACACGGUGGAGAUGAAAAGAUGUAGUUUUGAUGGUAGGAUGAAGUCGCCUAUUUCAUCUCCUAGUACUUCUAGAGUCCUGCAAGCCCGUCUGGUGAGGCCCCUGAGGACAAGGAUCCAGCUCCAAGUCCAUCAGAACCACCAUUAA